UUUUAUUAGUGUUUUAACAUAGAUUAUUCUGAUGAAGAAAUGAGUAGUCAAGCAAAAUGACACCUUUUAUUGGCUAACUAAAAAGUAAAACUUUGGUAUUGUAAUCUAUCUGGCAGCAAAGAGCUAUGAUGACUUUAUAGUGCCAAACACUUGUAUUUUCUUGUCCAACAGGCUGUUGUAUCUCGUAAGGUAUCAUCCAAAUGGUUAAAAAAAUUAUGAAAAUCCUAAAGGUCACCGGGUAAUGACUUAUGUAGCAGAUGAGGAGCUGAUAGAUGGCCUCUACAACUUCUUGGAUGAAGUGCUGUCAAGAGCUGUAGGCACUUUUGAGAGGAUUGACAGAGUUCGCAUCAUUCUGGAUGUGCUGAUGCCAGAGGCUCUUAUUAAAGCUGUACAAACAGUUGAGAGGAUUUCUCUGCCAGAGGCAGAAAAUCUGUUCAUGGAUGGACCAGCAUACAGUGAGUGGUACGUCAUGUGGAAAAUAAACAGUCCUUUCUUUUUCUUUUCAGCGCCAUUAUUCUGUUAAACAGAAUACCCUAUAGUUGUUGUGAAUUUAGACAAGAAAAUAAAUAUAUAUAUAAAUGUGAAUAUAUAUGUUUAAAGUGACUUUUAAACUAUACAUUAGUACAUUUGUAGUAUUGGUAAAAUUACAUUUAGAAGUAUGCCAUAUGUAGCAUUUAUUCUAAACUGUACAAGGUCAAGAAUUGUGGUUUCAAAUGACAAAUGCAGAAGUGUUUCUGGUUGGUAUGAUUAGAAUUUGUUCAUUUGUGUGGUUGUUUUUGUUUUGUUUUUUUAGUGAGAGGGAAGAGUUUGACAUACUGUACUUGUUUUACAACAGUUGGAAGUAAAAGGAAAGCACCACUGAGGCAUUUAAACUCGGGAUUACAUCUCAACCCUACUCAAAUAAAUGUGUCUCUUUCUUUACUUCUCUUUUGCCUUUUUUAUUUCUGUGUGUUAAAAUGACUGUGCAUAAUAGAGUUGUAUAUAUUUAAUGUAACUAUUAAUGUAAAUAAUAAAGGACACUUUCUGUUAUUGUUAAAGAUUGUUGAUUAAGUUCUGUAUAUUUGAAAUUGCUUGUCU